AUGGGGCUUUCCAAAGAGAACCGGAUCUUGAUCCUGCUGGUCAUUGAUACGGCGUUCUUCCUGCUGGAGUUAAUCACUGGCUAUACCGUCCACUCGCUCGCCCUUGUUGCCGAUUCCUUUCACAUGCUGAAUGAUGUGUUAUCACUGUGUGUCGGAUUAUGGGCCGUUAAGGUUGCAAACCGGGAGACGAGCUCCAAUACCUACACCUACGGCUGGCAACGAGCUGAGACUCUCGGUGCCUUGGUGAAUGGUGUUUUCCUAGUCGCAUUGUGCAUGUCAAUAUUCUUGGAAGCAAUCCAGCGAUUGGUGGAACCCCAGGUGGUGCAGAACCCGAGAUUCGUGUGUAUCGUUGGUUGCUUCGGACUUGCUUCCAACAUCAUCGGAUUGGCCCUUUUCCACGACCACUCGCACGGCGGCCACGGCCACGGCCACGGUAACGACGAAGAGGAUCACCACGAUCACGAUCACGAUCAUAUCGAGGAUGCAGAGCAUGGCUACAGCGAUCACGAGGAGGCCGCAGUUGCUCCGCAAAGUAGCGCCGCCCCCGAGGGCGCUACUCCAAACGCGCUCACUCAUUCUGCCACUGAGCCUACAUCUCCACAAUCCCGCCGCCGCGGGACCCCAACCCGAAGCUCGCGGAGAUACAGCACCUCGACCGGACGCGUUUUCGUGAGCGCCGAGGAUAUUCCCGUGCUCCCCGAAAGACUGCGCCAAGGAAUCAUUGCCGCCAGUCAGUACCAAAACGAGCAAACGUCGGAUUCGGAUACCGGUCGCGAGGAAGAGGAGAUCCCAUCUGAGCGCUCCGGUCUUCUGCGUCACCGUGACCGUGCCACUAAUUACACCGACGAAGAGGGCGCGCCCUUCAAAGCCCCAGAUCACCACCGCCAGGAUGAGGAUGUCCACAAGUCUCACAACCACACUAAGCCAAAGUCCAAGGAUGGAAAGAAGGGUCACAGUCACGAUUUGAACAUGCGUGGUGUGUUCCUCCACGUUAUGGGAGACGCACUAGGCAACAUCGGUGUGAUCGUUUCCGCGCUAAUCAUCUGGUUGACCGACUACGAAUGGCGCUACUAUGUUGACCCGGGCAUUUCCCUGGUUAUCACAAUGAUCAUUCUUGCCUCCGCUAUCCCGCUGUGCAAGGCCGCUUCCCGUAUCCUGCUCCAGGCCGUGCCCCCUGGAAUGAGCAUCGACCACAUCAAGGAGGAUAUCGGAAGACUCCCCGGUGUCAUUGGCUCCCACCAUUUGCACGUGUGGCAGCUUAGCGACACCAAGAUUGUUGCCUCGAUCCACCUCCAGGUCGAUACCGAGAUCAAGGGCGAAGGUUCUGAGCGAUACAUGCGCCUGGCCAGACAGGUGCGACGCUGUCUCCAUGCCUACGGCAUCCACUCUUCGACCAUCCAGCCCGAGUUCGCACCCGAAAGCGACACCGAGGACAACCUGAGCCACCCCCAUGCAUCAUCCUCCCGAGGCACCGUUGAGCACCAGCCUAGCCGCGCAGCUAGCAUCCGGGAAGGUGACAACCAAGCCUGCCUUCUGGAGUGCGAUGAGAACUGCGCACGUGGAGGACAGUGCUGCCCUAAGCCUACUUAA